AUGCUUAUUAUAGCAUCUACUCUGGUUUCAGCCUAAACUCCAGAUUCUUGCUAAUGGAAGGACCCAGUAUUUGGAAAUAACUACGACCUCACCCACCUCAAAAGGCCAAAGAAUGAUCCUUGGAAAGUAUAUGAUGCUCAGACAUCUGGAAUGUUUAACAUUGAGUACACUUUUAAUUUCUGCGAGACUGUGCCCAAGAAAUGCAACGGAGUUGAGGCCUCUGCGAUUGAAUUCCUGGAUAUUUAUGACACUGAGACUGAUACCUGCGAGGUACUAGGUCAAUCUACUUAAAAGAUGAAUCAUCUCAUAGAUGACAGAGAUGCUAAUAAAGGCCUACUAGUUGCUUAUAUGGGAGGAGCACUAUGUGAAGGAUCAGACACACCAUCUCUAAACGGGUUACCCAGGAAAGUGCUUUUCAGACUUGAAUGUGGAGAAUAACAAGACGAAAAUUUCAUUCUCAAUGAGAUGGGAAACACUCAGGGCUCAACUAAGUGUGAAUUACAUUUUAAAAUGAAAACUCCAGUAGCUUGCCCAGGAUUUGCAGCAGCAUUGGCAAAAUAAAGUGAACGAGGUUUGACAUAUUACUUACUGUGCUUGUCCAUAGCUUUUCUUAUUUACAAUAUUAUUGGCACGUACUACAACCAAAAAAGACAUAAUAAAUUUGGUUUCGAUGCAGUCCCACACAUUGACAAAUGGAGAUCGUUGCCAUCCUAAUUUAAAUCAUUCUCAAUAAUAGCAAUGGAAAAGAUUUUAAUGGGACUAGCCCUGACGAGAGGAUAUGUAAAUACAAAAAUGCAAACCUACAAAGGGGUGUGA